AUGGAUAGGGGGACCCGGCAAUCCGGGGACGGAGGCUGGUUUGUCACCCUGGCUGUGGGGGUGUCCCUGAUGAAAUGCCUGCUCAUACCGACGUAUCAUUCCACGGACUUUGAAGUUCAUCGGAACUGGUUGGCCAUCACUCACAGUCUGCCCGUCUCCCGCUGGUACUAUGAGGCAACCUCUGAAUGGACAUUGGACUACCCUCCCUUUUUCGCCUGGUUUGAGUACGGCCUGUCAUAUGUCGCCCGGCUCUUUGACCCGGAAAUGCUGAAAGUGGAAAACCUCAACUAUGCCAGCCAGGAAACCAUCCUGUUCCAGAGACUCUCCGUAAUCCUCACUGAUCUCCUCUUUAUAUAUGCUGCCAAACAGUGCUGUCGGAGCAUAGACGGGAAGACGGAUCGCAGAGAUGUCCUGGAGCGACCGACUUUUAUCCUCUCCGUCCUGUUGCUGUGGAAUUUUGGAUUGCUCAUUGUGGACCACAUCCACUUCCAGUACAAUGGUUUCCUCUCGGGUAUCAUGCUUCUGUCUGUCGCACGUUUAUUUCAGAAGAGACAUCUGGAGAGCGCCUUCCUCUUUGCUGUGUUGCUGAACUUCAAGCACAUUUAUCUGUACAUCGCCCCAGCCUAUGGCAUCUAUCUGUUAAGAUCGUACUGCUUCACUGCCAAUAACGCAGAUGGAUCUUUAAAAUGGAGAAGUUUCAGCAUUCUGCGACUCUUCUCUUUGGCUGUUAUUGUGCUCUUCGUCUUCACAGUUUCAUUUGGACCUUUUGUGUACAUGGGUCAACUUCCUCAAGUCCUUUCUCGCCUUUUUCCCUUCAAGAGAGGUCUCUGCCAUGCCUACUGGGCUCCAAAUUUCUGGGCAUUGUACAAUGCAGCAGAUAAAGUGCUUUCUAUCAUCGGUGUCAAGAUGCAUCUGCUGGACCCAGCUGCCAUCCGGACAGGAUCCAUGACGGGCGGGUUGGUUCAGGAGUUUGAGCACAGCAUCCUUCCAUCUGUCACGCCACUGGCCACUUUGAUCUGUACCCUGCUAUCCAUCCUGCCGUCUGUUCUCCGCUUGUGGAUGAGACCCCGCGGGCCUGCCGGUUUCCUCCGCUGUCUGGUCCUGUGCGCCCUUGGGUCCUUUAUGUUUGGCUGGCACGUACAUGAGAAAGCCAUCCUCCUGGCCAUCCUUCCAUUAAGCAUACUAGCGGUCAGCAGUGCAAAGGAUGCUGGGAUAUUUCUGAUUUUGGCAACAACCGGACACUUGUCCCUCUUCCCUCUGCUCUUCACAGCACAAGAGCUGCCUCUCAAGAUACUUUUAAUGGCGAUAUUCACGGUGUUCAGUGUCGGCUCGCUGAAGGCACUUUUCAGGAAAGAAGGCCGUCUCCUGGGCUGUAUGGAGACACUCUACCUCUGGGGUUUGGUCCCGCUGGAACUGCUAUGUGAGAUCAUUUACCCGUUAACCCUCUGGCAGCAGCAUCUACCAUUCAUCCCUCUGAUGCUGACCUCUGUAUACUGUGCACUGGGCGUUGGAUACUCCUGGAUCAGAUUGUAUGCUUCCGUCUUCACAGAUCCUGCAGCUGCUCACAAGAAACGUCAAUGA